GAGCAGGCCGUGCAGGGAGGUGCAUCCGCUCCAGGAGCUCCAGCGACUUCUGCUUGCAAACGGCAUCGCCGAUGUGGAUCUCGUGUUCUCGCGGUGGGAGGCGAUCUCGGAAACCAUUCGACAGAUUUUUUUUUUUUCGGAUUUUGCCAUUCACAUACCAAAGUUAAAACUGUUGGGCCGGGCCUACCUUUCCCGGUUUUCCGGUUUUCUGGUUUUUGGACCGGUUAUGACG